ACAGGCACGGGCCACCUCCGACUCUCCGCUGUUACUCCGGUUGGUGGCACCUCCGCGCACACCACGAGUUCGCGCUCGACCAUCUCUCUCUUUCUCUCUUUUUUCCCUCUCUCCCUCUCCUCCGUCUCGCUCUCUCGCCGCGGACUUUCCGUGUGUGUGGCCCCUCGUACCUGCGUCUCUCUCUCUCUCUCUCUCUCUCUCUCUCCCUUUCUUCCUUUCCUUCUCCCUCCCUCUCGCUCGCACUUUCGCGAAUGCGUUCUCCCCGUCUUCUUCCAUCACCUCUUUUCGACCUCCCUCCUCUCUCUCUCUCUCUCUCUCUGUCUCUCUUUCUCCUCCUUCUUUCUUUCUCGCGGGUGACCGUGCGCCGCGAAACCAAUGCCGAUAGUACAGUACACCGUCGCGCGAUGCCGACACCGCCGACGGCCGUUCCUUCCGACGCGUCGACGUCGCCUUCGGCCGCUCGCCGGCCGACAUGGCGGAUGGCUGGUUGCGGCGGUUACGAAUGGGACCCCUUCGCUGGAAUGUUACCGGUUACGUAUCUAAGAAGCAUGAGGAAACAACUCGACUAUCCACAUUCCCACGGACGACUUCCAGAACAAUCGCGAAACAGCCUACAACUUCUUCCACUCGCAGCAAAAAAGGAAUGACACGCGAAGAUGCACUCUGUGAUGCAUAAC